GUUGCUUAGCGACAGUUCUAAGCUCGAUACCAAGCGCAGCAAUUCCCAAAUCUGCUCGGACUUGGUGGCACGCCGCGGCGACGCUUCGGUGGCCACUGCCACUCGUGCCACUUGCUUUGUACCAUUCAUCCACCGAUCGGACUAUGAAAUCCAAUCCAUUGUGCGUCGCGUUUAGCACAUGAAACAAAGGGCCACACGUUCAUGGUACGGUAUAAAUUGACUUGGUUCGAUGUGGUGCCCGUCUACCGCCCGCGCCCGAUCCGCGUACCUGCCACACUACCCACUCCCUGUCCACUCACACCUAUCUUCAACGCCCUCAUUAUCUCCAACAUGCUCUCAGCUGUCUCUUCCUGGGGGCCCCAUCCUGCACUCCGGCCCCCUCAACAGGACGCACAAUCAUCACACUACGCCAGCCCGCCGCCCGCCGCACUCUUUCGGCCACUCGCGGAACAAGAUGCAAUCGAGGCUUUGCUGUCGAUGGCAAGCUCUUCUGCACCUCCGAGACCGGCCAUCGCGGCUCUUGAACAUGCCGGCCCGUCUCAGGCGUUGAACACCGCUCGACAAGCGCAAGAACCGGCGGCUGAUCUAGAGCUCGACAACGCCGCGGGACCUAUCGCUGGACCGUCCUGUGAGCGCGCCCCCGCAGGAUCGACGGUGCGCCCAACUACCGGCACCCAGACCACAGACGCAGCAGAACGGCCCCCCAGUUCGCCCGCUGCACGCACGGAUACCGGCACGCGGUGCGAUUCCCCUUCAGCAGGUGGACCGGUGCGGCGUUCUCGGAAGGGGAAGGAAAGGGCGGCAGCUUCUCCCUUGCGGCGACCCGCCCCGGACACGGACGAGUUCUCUGAGGAGGUGAAGGGUAGUGGUCUUACGGGCCGCGCGAUGCGCAAGUACUACAUCGAGGAGGCAAAGUGGAUCGGGAAGGACAAAGAGACGGGCGAAUAUUUGCCCGAGACCUCAGGCCACAAGUGUCCCGCGACUGCAUACCAGAACCACAUCUUGACUUGGAUAUUCGACAACGUCACCCCCUAUCCCGAGGACUUUUGGAGAGCGCUAUUGGCCGUCAAGUUGAGAUACAACUACGGCAAGGUCUACAACUGGUUCACUAACCAGCGGCAAAAAGUGAACAAACAACGAAAGGAAAACGGAACGCCAGCUCCUUACGACCUCGAAGUAGUCUGGCUUACCGGUAGACGGAAGCAGCGAAUACGAAGCUGUGCCAUUAAAGAGGGCGAGCAGUGGACAGAUGGGAAGUUCCUCGCCACCAUCAAAACGUUGAUCGCCGACCGACAGCGUCAGUUCGAGGAGGAAGUGGCGAAUCACCUUGCCAGGUUUGCUGCCGGGAGCAAUGUUGACGACUCCACCGCAGACGAUGAGCAGAGCUCCGGUGAGGGCGACGAUGACAUGGAGGUGGAGUGACCGCCUGUCCGUGGGGACGGUGACGAGGGCGACCUUCGACGGAUAUCUGCACGCGUGUGAUACCCCUUGUAGACAGCAC